GUGGUUGAACAGCAGCAGCAAUUGGAAAAUGUCAAACCGAUUGGAACUUAAUAAAUCUUUGGAGUAUGAACUACUCUUACAUCUGUCCCCUCCUUCCUGAGGACCUUUGAACUAAGAAAAUUCGAGGAACUUCGGCGUUUCUUGGUUGUCGGGUCCUUCUGGGAAAGUCUUGAAAAAGCUGUGGAUUGAAUCUUCCCCCACGGGCGUAGCAUAGAUCACACGCUACGGAAGACUCUUGCACAAAAUUCUCUGACUGACUGCCUGGCCGUGCCUGUCUGUCUCAAUCCCUGUCUGGAUUCUUGAGUCAAGACCCAGGAACACUUCAUUGGGAAGGCGUUCAAAAAGGCAAGCUGGGAAUGACACGGGACUGAAGAGAAGGGAAACGGAGAAGGAAAGGGAAAGGAGGAGGCUUUGUUCUUUUCUCUUUUUCUUUUUGCUUUUUUUGUUUGGUGGGUUUUCGAUGGCUCCGAUGAUGGACCCGCAAUCGGCCGCCGAGGUGGCGGUGUCGGUGAUCGGGUUCGGGUACGACCUCACGAGCGACGUCCGGCUGAAGUCCUGCAAGUCGGGCAGUGCGGGGUCGAGGCUGAUCGAGCUCGAGGCGAGGGAGGCGAGGGACCUCGUGUUCCCUGGUGGGGUGAUCGUCAGGGACGUGCCCGGCUGCAUCAAGUGCGACAAGGGCGAGCGCACCAGGUUCCGCUCCGACGUUCUCUCGUUCAAUCAGAUGUCAGAGCAUUUCAAUCAGGAACUUUCUUUAUCUGGUAAAAUACCAUCAGGCAUGUUCAAUACCAUGUUCGACUUUAAGGGCUGCUGGCAGAAGGAUGCAUCUGCUGUAAAAAGCCUCGCUUUUGAUGGUUGGUUCAUGACCCUCUACAGCAUCGAGUUGGAUAGAUCUCAGUUAACGCUUUCUGAGCAAGUUAAACAAGAUGUGCCCAAUUUGUGGGACCCCUUCGCCCUCGCCGAGUUUAUUGAGAAAUACGGUACUCAUAUCGUGGUCGGGGUAAAGAUGGGAGGUAAAGAUGUAGUUCAUGUGAAGCAGUUGCAGAACUCACAUCUUCAGCCCACUGACGUUCAGAACCAUCUGAAACAAUUAGCUGAUGAGAGAUUUUCUGAAGAUACUAAUAAAACUUUGUCACCAGAUCUGUCUCAAUUCUCAGCCAAAUUGAAGGGUGAAACCCUCAUGACUGGGAAUUUCCAUGGAGUAAAUUUUAGGCCACCUACUCCCUCAAAAAACAAGGAUCUUGAGAGUAUACCUGUUAGGAAGGGCGGAAUUGAUGUGGGUCAAAGUCAUAACCAUUGGCUCUCAACAAUAUCUCAGUCUCCCAAUGUUAUAUCAAUGUCCUUCGUGCCCAUAACUUUGCUGCUGAGUGGUGUACGGGGAAAUGGAUUUCUAGGCCAUGCAGUCAAUCUGUACCUGCGAUACAAGCCGCCCAUAGAGGAGCUCCAUCAAUUUCUAGAGUUCCAGUUGCCUCGGCAAUGGGCCCCUGUAUAUGCUGAUCUUCCCCUUGGACCAAGAAGGAGAAAGCACCCAUCUCCAACACUUCAGUUCACUUUUAUGGGUCCUAAGCUCUAUGUUAAUACCUUUCAGGUGGACACCGGAAACCGACCAGUGACAGGUAUUCGCCUGUACCUGGAAGGGAAGAAAAGCGACCAUCUAGCCAUCCAUCUCCAACACCUGACGCAUCUCCCCGACACCCUUGAGAUCUCGGAAGACCACACUUAUGAGCCUAGCCACGCUCCGGACGAACGAGCCUACUUUGAACCUGUCAAGUGGAGCAUCUUCUCGCAUGUGUGCACAGCUGCUGUGCAAUACGAUGGCUCGCGGAUUGAUGAUUCAGCCUCCAUCGUGACGAAGGCCUGGUUCGAAGUUAAGGUCUUAGGCAUGAAGAAGGUUCUGUUCCUAAGGUUAGGAUUCUCUAUGGUAGCAUCUGCAAAGAUCCGGAGAUCUGAAUGGGAUGGACCAUCGAAUAUAUCUCGUAAAUCGGGGGUAUUUUCGUCGUUCAUCAGCACGAGGUUUAGCGGGGGGCUGUAUCCGAUCCCACCAGAGAGGCCAGCGAAGGUGGAUUUGAACUCGGCGGUUUAUCCUGGGGGCCCGCCAUUGCCGCAGAAGAUGCCAAGAAUGACGAAUUUUGUCGACACGAAAGAAAUGGUCAGGGGCCCGGAGGACCCUCCUGGAUAUUGGGUGGUGACCGGAGCCAAGCUGUGUACAGAAGGUGGAAGGAUUUCGGUUAAGGUCAAGUAUUCUUUGUUGACGAUAAUGUCAGAAGAGGCGAUGAUGCUAAUGUGAUUAAAACAGAGGGAACAAAAUACCAUUCUUUUCAUACCUAUUGUAAAUUUGUUGAAUGUACUUCAUACAUAAGAUGUGCUGCAAGAGAAGCGGUCUGGCAUGAAGUCGACCUUUUAGCACAAUCAGAAUUUUGUUGUUUCAAGAA